AUGGGUUCAGGUAAGACAUUUAACCUCAUUCGUCAUAUACUCAUAACAGAGCGUUUAGGAAACGACUCUUACUAUGACCAAAUCAUUAUAUCAGCAACUUCAGACUCUAUGGACUCAACAGCGAAAACAUUUAUGUCAAAAGUUCAAGCCUCUGUCGUUAAAGUUCCAGAUAGCGAACUCAUUGAAUUUCUUCAACGUUACAUUCGACGUAAGAGGAAAUAUUAUGCUAUCGUAGAGUUCAUACAGUCAGGAAUGCAAAAGACUUCUGAGGAGAUGG